AUGACGUCCCAACUUGAAACGAUUGCCAAGCUUCGUUCGGUAACGUCGAGCCCCUUCCCUCCCGAAUCAGAUGCUCUCCGCGGCCGCAAGAGGCACCGUAGCCUCACGAGAUGUGACCUAGAGGCCACCCACUACGGCGGCACGGGCGAGUCCAGCACGCUCCGGGGCCGACCCCGUCGUCGAUCAACCUCGCCGACGCCGGUAUCGUCCAGAGCGUCUUCGCGAGCCGGAGCCGGCGGCGGCAUGUCGAGUACGGUGGAGGUAUCUCCCAUGAGGAAGCGUCUCCUCCGCGUGGUGCUGCUGGAGCGUCGACGGAGCCAGAGCCCCUCUCGGUCAAGGUCGCCUGACCGCAAGCAGGCCCCACCCCGACGCCGACACAGGACCCGGAGCCGGAGCCGAACACAUCAUGCCAAGGAUACGUUCCAGCCGAAGGAUCAGCUGCCUCGGCUUUUGCUUGGAGAGCAGGCACACAAGAAGGUGGAUACAUCGGUUCAAGUCUGA